ACGUAGGCGGUGACAGUGGCUGCAGCAGUAGCGGUUAUUAGGUGGCCAGCAGCGGACCAUGGCCCUGGCGGGGCGUUCCUGGCUCUUCUCUCGGAGUCCUCGGGCAACGACGCGGAGCCGGCUGACUUCCGGGAAGGAACUGACAAGCGAUUGAGCGGUGACCGGCGCGUUUAGCGCCCCGAACAUGCGGCAGUCCUUGUGGGCAACCCCGGGCUGCGGAGAGGCGGCAGCGGCGGCGGCGGCUCGGGAGGGAAGGAGGCGGUGGCGCCGGCGGAGGUGGCGGCGGGGACGCCCGGCGCCCGGCGCGGAGCCUUAGGGCGGCUGCUUGGCGUGGCCUGGGGCCUCGUGGUCAAGGAUGCUGUCCCGGAAGAAAACCAAAAACGAAGUGUCCAAGCCGGCCGAGGUGCAGGGGAAGUACGUGAAGAAGGAGACGUCGCCUCUGCUGCGGAAUCUUAUGCCUUCUUUUAUCCGGCACGGUCCAACAAUUCCAAGACGAACUGAUAUCUGUCUUCCAGAUUCAGGCGCUAAUGCCUUUUCAGCUUCUGGAGAUGGAAUAGUUUCAAGAAACCAUAGUUUCCUUAGAACUCCAAUUCAAAGAACACCUCAUGAAAUGAUGAGAAGAGAAAGCAACAGAUUAUCUGCACCUUCUUACCUUGCCAGGAGUCUAGCAGAUGUCCCUAGGGAAUAUGGCUCUUCUCAGUCAUUUUUAACAGAAGUUAACUUUGCUUCCGAAAAUGGAGACUCUGGUUCCCGAUAUUAUUAUUCAGAUAAUUAUUUUGAUGGUCAGAGGAGGCGCCCACUUGGAGAUCGUGCACAUGAAGACUAUAGGUAUUAUGAAUACAACCAUGAUCUCUUCCAAAGAAUGCCACAGAAUCAGGGGAGGCAUGCUUCAGGUAUUGGGAGAGUUGCUGCUACAUCAUUAGGAAAUUUAGCUAACCAUGGUUCUGAAGAUUUACCCCUUCCUCCUGGCUGGUCUGUGGACUGGACAAUGAGAGGGAGGAAAUAUUACAUAGAUCACAACACAAAUACGACUCAUUGGAGCCAUCCUCUUGAGCGAGAAGGACUUCCUCCAGGAUGGGAACGAGUUGAGUCAUCAGAAUUUGGAACCUAUUAUGUAGAUCACACAAAUAAAAAGGCUCAAUAUAGGCAUCCUUGUGCUCCAAGUGUACCUCGGUAUGAUCAACCUCCUCCUGUUACAUACCAGCCACAGCAAACCGAAAGAAAUCAGUCCCUUCUGGUACCUGCAAAUCCUUAUCAUACUGCAGAAAUUCCUGACUGGCUUCAGGUUUAUGCUCGAGCCCCUGUGAAAUAUGACCAUAUUCUGAAGUGGGAACUCUUUCAGCUGGCUGACCUGGACACAUACCAGGGAAUGCUAAAGUUGCUUUUCAUGAAAGAACUGGAACAGAUUGUUAAAAUGUAUGAAGCCUACAGACAGGCUCUUCUCACAGAGUUGGAAAAUCGUAAGCAGAGACAGCAGUGGUAUGCCCAGCAACAUGGCAAGAAUUUUUAAGUUAACUUUUUAAAAACAAAAUUUAAGUUUUAUAAGGGCUUUAAAAUAUUUUCACAGAUUAAAAAACUGCAAAUACUUUGGUUAAUAAAGGCAGCUUACUUUUUGGAAAUUACAAAGUUCUAAUUUUACAUGUAUUUUGUUAUUAAAAAUAUUAUUUUAUUGAGAAAAAAUGAGUUUAUCAUUUUAAGGGCCAACAAUGACACUCUAAAUGCUGUAUAUCUGAAAACUGCUUUGCAUAUUCUUGAUGGAGACAAAUGUCAUUUAACCAGAUAUUAAACAGGAAAUGAUCAGUUGGUAAACUGUCACAAUAGUAGUACCUUUCUUUAAAAAACAGAGAAAGAGAUAAUGUAUGCAGUAUUUAAAAAGCGUUUACUGCUGUAGUAUGGAAUAUUGUCUGGAAUUGGAUGGUUUAAGUAUUACCAUUGUGUAGUUCAAAACAAAACAGGACUUGGAACCUUUAUUGUGAUACAUUUUUAUAUAUAAUAUAUAGGGUUACUCUUCCCUGCCCCCAGCUGUAAAGAACUGUUUUAAAACAUGUUGGGAAAAUAUUUUUUUGGUAUGAAAGGGUGAAGGACCUGUAAUAUUUCAGAGAUAAAUUUAGGUAAAAGGCUCCAGCCUGUGUGGGAAAGUUGUGUACAGUACUCAAGAGUUGCUAAUGUUACUUCCUUCCUUUGGGCCAGGGCUCUUAGGGCAUUUAGUAACAUGGUUCUGAUAAGACUGAGGUCGCUUCCCAACAGCAUAGCAUGCUGCCAUCCUAAACGACUGGGUUGAGCUGCCAAAAAUGACAAUCAGGGAUUCAUUAAGAAAUCUUAGUCAUUAAAUUGACUGUAUGUAUUUUGUAAUCUUCUAAGAGUUUGUCACAGAAGUUUAAAAGCUGGCAUUUUCCUCCGAACUUAUUUGCCUUUUGGUUUAGUAGUUAUUAAGACACUGUUGAUAACUAGCACAGUACAUUUGACUGCAGGCAAAUUUAUGGCACAGCUAGCCUAUAAAUCUCUACAAUUCUGUGAAUUUCAACACUUGUUGAAAUAGCUGUUCAGUUAUAUUUACAUGUGUUGUAAAUAUGUAAAUAAAUUUUUAGUUUAGGUAAUCUUUCAAAAUAUAAAGUACUGCUAGUUAGAUAUCGAUGAAUAUGAAUUAUUGAUAAAAUGUUGAAAAUGUUAAAUGUUUGAUUUUAUAUAACAAGCUUAUUAAAUAUAUUUUUGUGGAAACUAAA